UUGACGCCCGAGCGGAUUGCGAUCAGCUUCAUUCAAUACGCGGCUUUGGUCAUCUUACCCUGCCUGAAUUCCUCUCGCAUUCCUAACUUUGGCCCCGCACACGGAUCUCUCAUCAGACAACCCCCGAGUCUUCGUUCGCCAUCAUGGCCGCUCUCCGCUCUACCUCAGCCAGAGCCCUUGGCUCGGCUAUCAAGCCCGCCUUCCGCCCUGCCAUGUUCGUUCGCUCCAUGGCUUCUGUCAGCGACACCCCGUCAGAGAAGCCGCGCAUGAAGACCUUCCAAGUCUACCGCUGGAACCCCGACACACCCACCGAGAAGCCGCGCAUGCAGUCCUACACCUUGGAUCUCAAUAAAACCGGACCCAUGAUUCUCGAUGCGCUGAUCCGGAUCAAGAACGAGCUCGACCCGACCCUGACCUUCAGGCGGAGUUGCCGAGAGGGCAUUUGCGGCAGCUGUGCCAUGAACAUCAAUGGACAGAACACCCUUGCUUGCCUCUGCCGUAUCAAUACCGAGGACGCCUCUGAGACGAAGAUCUACCCCCUCCCGCAUACCUACGUCGUCAAGGAUCUGGUGCCGGAUCUCACCCUCUUCUACAAGCAAUACAAGUCCAUCAAGCCCUACCUGCAGAGAGACACCCCGUCCCCCGACGGUAAGGAAUAUCGUCAAACCAAGGCCGAUCGCAGAAAGCUUGACGGCCUCUAUGAGUGCAUUCUGUGCGCCUGCUGCUCGACAUCCUGCCCCUCGUACUGGUGGAACUCGGAGGAGUACCUCGGUCCCGCCAUCCUUCUCCAGUCCUACCGCUGGCUGGCCGACUCGCGCGACGAGCGCACGGCCGUGCGGAAGCAGGCCCUCGACAACUCCAUGAGCCUGUACCGGUGCCAUACCAUCCUCAACUGCACCAGGGCGUGCCCUAAGGGUCUGAACCCCGGCCUUGCCAUCGCGGAAAUCAAGAAGCAGAUGUCUUUCUAAACACUGGCUGAGGGGUAGAGGGAUCGAUUGUGUACAGGUAUUGGAAGAGGGUUGGGCGGCGAACAGACUUCCCGUAAGAACUGGAGCGAAAGAAGGAUGGAAAAAAAAACUGUGGAGGCUAGUGGAAUAACAUUUGACGGGAGAACCUGUAGUUGG